CGAGUCAUGGAAAAGGGAAAGGAGAACCAAACCAACUUUGCUGGAUUCAUCCUCCUGGGUCUCUCCUCCUCUCCAGAAUUCCAGAUAUUGCUCUUCCCCAUCUUCCUCUCUUUGUACCUACUUAGCUUGCUGGGGAACCUUGUGAUCAUCUUGCUGAUCUACUCCAACAGCAACCUCUUCCAUACCCCCAUGUACUUCUUCCUCAGCCACCUCUCAUUGGCUGACAUUGGAUUUAGCUCCAACACAGUGCCUAAGAUGCUGCAGAUCUUGGUAUCCCAGAUCAACACCAUCUCCUACAGUGGAUGCUUGGCUCAGAUGUUUUUCUUUGUGGUCUUUUGCACCACUGAUAACUUCCUCUUGGCUUGCAUGGCAUAUGAUCGCUACAUGGCCAUCUGCCGCCCUCUACGCUAUACUACAAUAAUGAGCUACAGGCGCUGUCUGAUGCUGGCUGCUGUCUCCUGGCUCCUGUCCUUUUCCCAGGGCUUACUGUAUGUAUUUACAUUAUCUAGGUUCUCCUUUUGUGGCUCUCGAGAGAUCCCCCACUUCUUCUGCGACCUCCACCCUUUACUCAAGCUCUCCUGCUCAGACACCUCCUCUGCUGAAAUGUUGCUCAUCAUUGAAGGCACUGCAACCAUGCUUGGACCUCUUGUGCUCAUUCUCCUCUCCUACAUGUUCAUUGUGUCCAAGGUAUUUAAGGUGCCUUCAGCUUCUGGGAAAUACAAGGCCUUCUCCACUUGCAGCGCCCACCUCACCACAGUGGCCUUGUUCUAUGGCACUCUGAUAGGCACCUACAUCCGUCCUUCAUCCACUUACUCUGGCUCCAGGUUAAAAGUAGCAUCUAUCUUCUACACUGUCAUCACCCCUACACUCAAUCCUUUCAUAUACAGCCUGAGGAAUAGUGAGAUGCAUGGGGCCUUGAAGAGGCUCGUGAGGAUUUGGUUUCGGGGAAACCGAGUAUAG